AUGUUGCCGCACGUAUUUCAUGCUUCCAAGCUUGCAGUUAUUGUAUUUGCAGUUCUGUCCGUCGCAUAUCUGCUAUUCUCAAGACAAGUGAUCACCCCAGCCGACUACCACGAGAUUUAUCGUGCCGCUGUCUCGGGAAAGAAAGUAGCAUUUGUCGAGAAGGUUCUCGAGACAGAGAUUGGUGGUGCGAUAGACAAUAGUGCCUUGGUUGAGCUGUGCAAAAGCAAAGAAUGGAUACCGGGCCUGAUCUUCAAUUGCGAGUCACCCAAGGGCGGGGUUGCGAACGUGCGGAACGUAUUUUUGAACUGCGUACGAUAUGCCAUUGAAGCCGGAGUCUGGCUCACUACCACAGCAACAUCAUUCGUAAUACCAGAAAUGGUAUCUCGCGGUACAACUCUCUCUACCAUCAACACAGAUACAAACGUUCCGUUUACCUACUUCUUCGAUCUCGAGCAUUUCACAUCCUCCCUGAGCGAGGCCUGCCCCCAGAUACAUAUCGUACCCAACCGCAACGACCUCUGGGACCAACCCUCUACUGCCAAAGCCAUCCUACUAACCCCAAAUGACCUCUGCGACGUGCUAGCAACCCCCGGCGACUGGUCCGGCGCCUUCAAAAAGUACCUAAACACCAUCCACCCAGCCCCCUUCUCCGCAAGCAUACCUGUCCUCGUCUCCCUCAGGUCACUCCUCCUGCAAUUUCCCCUCUCCUACGACGACGCGCUCCUCGUAGGUAACUUUGGGCGAAUGCUGCGGGUUCGAGAAGACGUGCGCCGGCUUGCAGCUACGGUUUUAUAUGCGAUGGAUAAGAAAUUCGGGAUGGGUGUUGAUUCGAACUUGGCGGGUGUGCAGCCGGGACUGUUUUAUGGGGCGCAUUUGAGGACAGCUGCGGAUGCGAAAGCGGCGGGUUGGACUCCGUUUGCGCAGCAGGCUGAGAACUACCUCAAUCAUGCUCGUGCCAAGCAACUGUCGACUAUUUAUCUGAGUACUGGGAACGAAGAAGAUGCCAAAGUAUUUAUUGAGACGGCUGCAACUUUAAGCAUUGAUGUGACGACGAAGGAGGAACUGCUAGGUGGAAAGAAGUUUGAAAGGGAGUUGGAGGAGAUGAAGUUGCUGACGUGGGACCAGAGGGGAUUGAUUGACUAUGAGGUGUUGUUGCGGAGUAGUGUCUUUGGAGGUACGUAUGAGAGUAGUUUUGACUGGAGUGUUGCAAUGAGAAGGCAUGUUGUCGUAGGUAAUGGUAGGUGGGCACAGAUUGGAGGGUUUGUUGAGGAACCCGAGUCUCAUAAACAGGAUGAAGAAGAGGGACACGAGAAGAAGAGGCUUAGGGCGAGAGAUGAGGAAGAGGUACCCAGGGUAAAUGAGGAUCACGGAAGCUGGCAGAGCUUCCAGGAAGAUCUUAGUACCAUUUUUGGUCCUCCGGGAGAAGGGGAGAUGUUUGAGUUGAGAAUGUGGCCCUGA